AUUGCUCCGCCCUCUGAACCUUCCUCCACAGGUGUUGUGGGUGCCAGUCAGUGAAGCACAGCAGAGGCAGUGAACAUUCAGUGAGUGCAGUUUCCUGAUACCUCCCUGUACCUGGCUGGACAGACGCCCCAUGCAGAUGGCUGAUGCUGCAUGUGGGGGGCUCCCCCAUCUCCUCUCCCCCAGCCCCAGUGAGCAGGAUUUGUGGCCGCUGCUGGGAUCGAAUAUAUCUCUAAACUGUACAUUUCGUGUGCUGGACACCUGUCAUGGGGAUGUGUCUUGGUUAAAGGACAGGAGCACGGUGGAUGCCCAGUACAGAGAGCAGCAUAGCAUAUGGAGCGGAUUUAACAUCUCUGAAAGGUUCCUCUCCAGCAUACUUGAGGUCAAUAUGACUAGUCCAGAGGAUUAUGGGACGUUUACGUGUAAUCUGCUAAACACAACAGCCGCCUUCACAUUGCACCGGACAGAAAAGGCUGGUCACGUGGCCGCAGUCUUGUUUGCAUUCUGCAUUCUUACUGUGCUGGUUGUUGGCUCUAUACUCUAUCUGAAGUGCCGACUCAAAGUCCGUCUUUGGCACAGGGACAAUUAUGGAGACCCUGAAAUAAGUGAUGGUCGGCUCUUUGAUGCUUAUGUCUCUUUCUGUCCCUCCAACGUUGACACCAAAUUUACUAACUUUAUUCUGAAACCUCACCUGGAGAACAAAUAUGGAUAUAAACUUCACCUGGACGAAAUGAACCUUCUCCCAAACACAGAGCCAUCUGCUGAACUGCUUAUGAACGUUAGCCGCUGUCGGCGUCUUGUAGUUGUUCUGUCGUUGGGCUACCUGCAGCAGGACUGGUGCCAAACCAACUUCAGGGAGGGAUUGAUACAUCUGCUAGAACUCGCACACCGGCCGAUUUUUAUCGUGUUUGAGAAUCAGUAUAAGGAUUUGCCAGCUGAAGUCACCCAACUCUUGCACUCUAAACGAGGAGCCUUGAAGUUGUUGCUGUGGAAGGCAGGGUCUGUGUCUCCAUCCUCUGAUUUUUGGAAAGAACUACGCCUUGCUCUUCCUCGGAAAGUUCCUUUGCCAAGUGGAAAAGGAGAUCCCCAAACUCUGUUUCAAGAAGACAAGGACCCUAUGUUGGCUGAAAGCAGUGAGGUCGCCGAUCCUGACCCGGAUGGAGACUUGGGUGUUCGGAGGACACUAUACAAAGCUCCUCCUCCUCGGAUGGCUCCGGUGACUCCUACGACAGAGAGAGCCACCACUGGCGACAUGGACAUAUCAGAUCUAGGGUCACGUAACUACUCGGCCAGGACUGAUUAUUACUGUUUAGUCACAGAGCCUGAGUUAUAAGAAGAAUGGGCAAAGUGGUGGAAAAUGUGGAAUAAAUAAGGAAAGAGAGUUGAAAGAAUGAAACCAAAAUAAAAUCAACUGGAAACCUUGUUCCUGGGGCGGCUGAGUGAAGAAAAGGGAACGGUAAAAUAAUUAAAACAAAGAAACAGACACAAAGUAAAUAACUUGUGCUUUUAAGAGCUGUGGAUAAAAGGAGAGAGAAGAUGAAUGUGCUAUCGUCAAUAAAGGAAAAGAGACAGAGAUAAUGUGGGGUGAUGGUGAUGGUGAUGGUGAUGAAGAGAAGUCAAUAUCGUGUCAAUGAACGUAUUUUUAUCCCAUAUCAAGUGGCCGAAACGUACUGCCUAUAACUCUACACAUUCUAUUAUAAACUCUACACAUUCUAUUAUAAACUCUACACAUUCUAUUAUAAAAUGUAACGGACUCGGGGAUUUGGGAAAAUUCCUAGAAAACUUCCACGAAGAGAUACAUUUGUAGACCUAGCUUGGGAUAUCCAACCUGUAUUCUUUUGGUGUAUUUUUAAUUUCGAAGAAGGCGAGUGAGUGUUUUAUUAUAUAUCAUUAACAUAUGAGAGGUGGUGCUCUCACUAUUAUUAUAGGCGUCAAUGCUAAAACAAAAGACAAAUGCGUUAAAUCUCUGAUUUUAAUUUGGAGAAAUCUAGCAAGUUGUGUUCAUGACAUUAGAUUCUUUAAGAAAUCUCACACAUUCACCUGUCUUUAGUAUGGAUGACCCAAGUGCCUCGAUACUAUGUGCAAUGUGGAUGUUUUGACCGAUUUACCUAAUCCACCGUGCAGUCAGUGAAUUCAUUUUGUUAAUGGCCUAUUAACGUGUACAUAUAUCAGCUGUCGUUGUCCUUGGUUUGAUAAAACGUAAAUAAUGAGAUAC